UAUAUCGCCGUUUUAAUAGAGUGAAGUUGUAGUUCACUGUAUAUCUCUCACUAAUGAAGCUGUUAGCAAAUGUUGUGAUUUCUCAUCACGGGAUUGCGUGUAGUCUAAUGUUUUUCUGUGUUUCCCGCUCCUGAAUCCCCUGCAGUGGUCUCCAAGGCGUUCGUGGUAUGCUCCAUAAUCAAUAGUAAAAGGUACGAUUUCCUUAAUGACUGAUAAGCAAGGUAAACACCAAGUAGCGUGCGCGACACGUUGGACGAGAUGCUGACGUGGAACUGGUGGAAGUCUGCAGCAACAAAGCUUCAUCUGUGACAGUGUUAUUAUUUGCAGAAACGCCGUAUUAAUUUUUUCUCCGAAAAAGGAGGAACAACUAUGGAUCAAAUGCUGCACUAGCAGUAGGUUUUGCUGUGGAAGCGUUAAUAAAUUUGAGGAGUGCCUGGAGUAAAAAGGAAAAUGCGGCUUUUACUACUGCUGGUGGUAAUGUGUUUGUUCUUUGUGAGCAUAUUUUGCCACAAGGGUAAGGUUCCCGACAGCAAACCAAGACAAGAACAUAGUCAUACCGUCCAAGGCAACCCUGAACAGGAAUCCUCCAAACGCAAACAAAAUCAUGGACAAAAGAACUCCGAUGGCAAAAAUGAAAACACAAGUACCCCAGGUGCACAAAAGGCUGAGCAGGGGAAGGUCAAAAGAAUAAAACAUCCAGAACAACACGUGGAAAAGAAAACAAAAACACACUUGGACAACAAAAUGCCUGAUUUGAGCACUAAACCCAAAGAACAUCCUGGAAAUAAGGAGAAGGAUAAUGAUAAAAAGUCCGUCAGCAGAGAUGUCCCUGUAGGUUCACAUAUAAACGCAGCAGAAGAUACGAAAGCCCAGCCCAAAGUCGACAAAGCAGGAAAACACACACACAGUCACGAUACAAGGAAACAGCAAAAGCUGGAAGUCAACAGAGUGGCAGAUAAAAAAGUGUUGACAAGUGCUGAUCAGACAACCUCGGACACCAAAAAGGCCUCACUGAAGCAUAUCCCAGAUUCUGUGCCAGAGGAAAAAUCUAACGAUAAACUGAAUGCAAAAACAACAAUGAAUAAAAGAAAGGAAGAUCGGGUAUCUGGUGGGAAAAACAAAGUCACAGAACCUGCACAAACAUCCAAAAUAAAAGAGACAGAAAAAACAGAUCUAGAUCAACGACAUAAGAAUGAGAUAAGAAGUACGAAUGAAAAUUCAACAAAAAAGUUGCAACCAAAAGCAAACGAUAUGAUACAAACCAACACAUCCAAGACAGAGACAUUUGAAAAGCAAUCGAUUACAAAACAACGUCAUAAGUUUGCAGGAUUUACAACAAGUAAAUGUAAACAAAAAGAUGCAGCCAAAUGCAAUAGAUGGGACCAUUUGAGACUUGUAACCGAUGAAAAAUUAUACUUCGGCAAUGCAAGUGACACAGUGAAAGUUAGAAUCACAUCAGAUAAAGUUGUCAAUGAUUCGAAAAAAGAUACAACUUUACAGUCUUCUUUACAAGCCCAUCAGCUCCAGAGGAAUAAUAACAAUACUGAAGUUUCAAAGAUGAUUGGAACUGCAAAAAACGCUCCCUUGUGUUCGUUGUGCAAAAUAUCUUACCCAAGCUCUCAUGUCGCGCCAGAGUGCAGUGCUUUUAUGUAUAUGUGUGAUAUACUUUUAUCUCGUGAGACAUAUUCAUUCAGUGAGGAGCCAAGCCUACCAGAUGUAGGAGAAAGUCAUUUUUUAUCAAAGAAAAUGGAAGACAAAGAGGAGGAAACCGUCACAGGUGAAGAUAUCGCUGUGAUGGAAGAAGUGUCGGGUGUCAGUGAGGAAGAAAGAGAAGAGGAUGCAACGAAAGGAGACAAUGUAGGUGAUGAAAAAUAUAUAAAGGAUGUAAUUAAUGAAGAAGAAGACGAUGAAGAUGAGGAGAACGGCAAAGCAGAAAAGGAAGAUGAGACCGCAGAGGGAGAAAACAAGGAGAAAAUCGACGAAGAGCAAGAAAACAGCAAACAGAAAAACAAAAGGAAUAAUGACGAUGAAAACGAAACAGAAGAUGUAAGCGAAACAGAAGAAGAGGAAGCUGGGAUUGAAAGAGAACAGCAAAAUGACGAUGACGGCAGGGAAACCAGAGACGAUUCAAGUUCAAGUGAGGAUGCAGUCGUUAAGGAAAUAAAUGAAAAUCAAGACAGUAUGGAUGAGGAUGAAGGGUCGUCUAAGCAAACAGAGGAAACAAAAACAACUGAUAUUAAUGAGGACGGCAAUGUAAGCGAAGAAGACACAAAUGAAAUACAUUUAAAUACACAAAGGAGCAAUGAAAACAUCGUUGAUAAUUCUGAAGAUGAAUCAUCUGAAACGGACUCUGAAAAAUUAACCGAGGAUCAGAACGGAAAGGAAUCCGCCCCCGAACAUUUCUCUGAAGAUUUUGAAAAUUCAGAAGAUGAUUCUGAAACGAAUGAUCCUGAAUUAGAUAAAAAAUAUUCCUCGCCUUCCAGCACAUUAAAAUCGGAUGCAACACUCGAAAAAUUAAAAGACAUGAACGCGCAAAUAUUGCGCCUUGAAAACCAAUUUCUAGGAAAAGCAUUAGAAGAAGAGAAUAUGCAAGUUGAAAAAACUAAAUUGGAAAAUCAAAUAUUAAAACUAGAAAACACUUUACUACUGCUAAAUCAAAGUUUUAACACAUUGCGAGCAGAUAGCGAAACCAUGAAAAGUCAAAUUAAAAACCAAGAAAUGUCACAAACCGAACAAGUAUCAAAAGAAUUAGCUGUCAAGGACAACGCAUUGUCAGUUAAUGUUCAAUUACAAAUUAUUGAUUUAAACAGGAUAAUUAGAAAACAAUCAUGGGUACUUGAAAGACUAAAGAGAAAAUGGCGCAAGCAAGAAAGCCAAGAUAUCAAGCUCCAAAACUUGCAGUUCCAGCAGAGGAGAAUGUUGCAUAAUUUGAUGCAGAGAAUGGAUGCGCUAGAAGCAUCUCGCAAAGAUGAAAGUAAAACUGUUAGUGAAGAAAACAGGCCUGUGCGAUAUAGCAGCACCAGUCCCAGAGAUUGUUAUGAUUUAUAUCUGGCGGGAGAAAAAAAAGACGGAGUUUACAAAUUUGAACUCAAUGGAAGCCAAGACGCAAUGGAGGCAUACUGCGAUAUGGGCAGUGGGGGGUGGACUGUUGUACUACGGCGUUCGACAGGAGACGAGGACUUUUUUCGAACUUGGAAUGACUACAAACGCGGCUUCGGAGAUCCAGAAGGAGACCACUGGCUAGGGAACGAUGCAAUCCACCAGUUAACUAACCACAGACCGUACAAAUUAUACAUAGACAUGAUGGACUGGGAAGGCAACCAGGCACAUGCAGAGUAUUCACAUUUCCAGCUGGAAGCCGAGGACCAGGGAUAUCGUCUCCGGGUGAUGGGAUAUAGAGGGACUGCUGGGGACGCGCUCUCUAAACACAACAACCAAAUGUUUUCAACCAAAGACGUAGACAAUGAUGAAGUUGAAAAAACUUAUGGAGGGAGUUGUGCUCGGCGGUUCAACGGCGCGUGGUGGUACUAUAAAUGUUACAAAGCCAACCUGAAUGGAGUUUAUUAUGUUGGGGGGGAAGUGCCAGGUAAUAGGUUUGAUGGAAUUGCUUGGAAACCGUGGAAAGGCAUUAAUUAUUCACUGAAGAAAGUCAUCAUGAGGAUCAAACCUUAUGCGUAGAUUACGACGCAUUGGUUUCUGGCAAAUGGACCGCGCGAAAAGUGUUAUUUUGAAGCUUUUCUUUCUUUUCACACACACACACAAAAAAAUAAUAA